AUGGAAUUCUUGGCCGGAGCCCUCUUGAUAACUCUUCCACGUGACAAAUCCAUUCCUUUGGGUGCCGGAGCUGUGCUGGCCAAGGCGGUGGAUGGCGCUGUCCGGGCGGUGACCAAGCCUCGGUCCGCGCACGCUGCAGCGAGCAUCGAGCAGGCUGGCGCCCAGGCAGUGACGCUGGUCUGGGAUCGCCUGACUUGCAUCUUGAAGACGAAGAAUGGGCAGGUCAGAGCCCUGCUGCGUGACAUCCAGGGCACGGCAAGGCCCGGGAGGUUGCUGGCCAUCCUCGGGCCCAGCGGGGCCGGAAAGACCACACUGCUGAACAUCCUGGCCGGACAGCUGCCGUUCAACAAAAACAUCGAGCUGACUGGCAGGGUGCUGGCAAAUGGGAGGCCUCUGGACAGCCUUCUGGGCCACGUCGGCUUUGUCGCUCAGGAGGACAUCUUUUACUCCCAGCUUACCGUCAGGGAGACCCUCCUCAUGGCCGCCCAGCUUUCUAAUGGCACCUCCACGGCCUCGGAGAGGGAGCGAGUCGUGGAUGAUAUAAUUGCUCGCCUGGGUCUGGCCAAGGUCAGGGCCACGCGCAUCGGCGACAAGAAGACGCGCGGCCUGUCGGGGGGCGAGCGCAAGCGGCUGAGCAUUGCAGUGGAGCUCAUUGCCCGGCCCAAGCUCAUUUUUGCAGAUGAGCCGACCACGGGGCUCGAUUCCUUCCAGGCCCACAAGGUGGUGGAGGCGCUGAAGCAGCUGGCAGAGGAAAACCACACCGUCAUCGCCUCCAUCCACCAGCCACGCAGCUCCAUCUACACCCUCUUCGACGACGUCAUCCUCCUGUCUGAGGGAGAGGUCCUGUACGCGGGGGAGGCAGAUCGAGCGCUGUCCUACUUUGAUGCGCAGGGGCAUCGCUGCCCCAAGCACUACAACCCUGCAGAAUUCCUCGCUGACCUGGCGGCCGUGGACCACAGCUCCCCCGACGCGGAGGACAGCAGCCGCUCCCGCGUCCGGCAGCUGGCCCUGGCAUGGCGCGCUGAGGCCGGCUCGCGGGCACUCGCCGACGGCCAUGGCGAGGGAGAUGCGGUGCCCGCUCAGCUCGGCGCGAGGAAGGGCGGCGGCGGCGCGCGGCACCUGGGCCUCCUCUUCCGCCGCUCCCUUCGACAGGUGCUGCGGGACGUACCCACCCUGGUGUCGCGCGCCGGCUCCCAGCUGUCCUCCGCGGCGGUCUUUGCGGGCAUCUACUGGCGCAUGGGGCUGCACGAGUCCACCAUCCAGGACCGCACCGGCCUGCUGCAGGUCUGCGCGGUGGGGACGGCCAUGAGCUCCCUGAUCAAGACGCUCAAUGUCUUCCCGCGCGAGCGCGUCAUUGUGCAGCGCGAGCGGUCGCGCUACAACAUGCCCGCCUGGCCCUACCUCCUGUCCAAGCUGGCGGCGGAGCUGCCCGUCGGCGCCCUCUUCCCCGCCCUCUUUGGCUGCAUCGUGUACCCCGCCACGGGGCUCAACCCGAGCAUGGCCAGGUUUUCACGCUUUCUUGCCGUGUUGACGCUGGAGUCCUUCAGCGCCCAGGCCCUGGGCCUGGCCGUGGGAGCUGCCGCGCCUUCCACCGAGGCCGCGCUGGCCAUCGGCCCCGCCGCCAUGCUCAUCUCCAUCGUGUUUGGCGGCCUAUUUGUGAACGAGGCCAAUGUGCCGCGCGUCCUGUCCUGGCUCCCCAAGACCAGCAUCAUCAAAUAUGCCUUUGCCGGGCUGUGUGUUAACGAGUUCACCGGCCUCAACUUCACGAGUAACGGCGCGGGCCCCGGCCUCACGGGGACCCAGGCGCUGAAGCGGCUGUCCUUUGCCGGCACCAGCAUCGGGCAGAGCCUGGUGGGUCAGGGCCGCGUGCUCCUCUUCUACUACUGGCUCACCUACUCCAUCCUCCAGCGCCAGACCCCAAAAUACCAGCCCGUGGAGUCGGCGCGGCCCAGCCUGGAGUCCCUGGCCGCGCCGCUGUGA